CAGUCAACAUGGGUCAGUGGACGCUGCACAGCAUUUUAUUUCUUGUGCUUGUUUGCCACUCCAAUGGACAGUUUGACAAUAUAAGAAGACCCCCCUGGCGAGACAGAUUUACACCAAUAGACAGAUACUGGGACCUCCAUGAAAUACCAGAGCGGAAGACAGUUAGUACUGCACCAAGGUUCACCUUGCUGGCUCCAGACCUUCUGAGGACAGACAGCCAGGAGAACAUCUACCUACAGGCAGAUGGUGUGUCCAACCCCAUCACCGUUUCCAUCUCUAUCCAGGACUUUGGAAAGACCACGACGCUCCUCGAAGACUCUGUCACACUCAAUCUGGAAAAUGGAUUCUAUGUUCUCAAGACUAUACAGCUCCCCUCUGAUCGUCUGAACCGCGAAGAGAAGACGAACAAGUUUGUUUAUCUGAAGGUGACCUUUGGGGGCUUCCACUCUGAGGAGAGGAUACUGAUGGUGUCCUUUCACUCUGGAUACAUCUUCAUCCAGACAGACAAGCCCAUCUAUAACCCUGGAGAUACUGUUCGGUUCAGAGCCUUUGCGUCCUCUACAUCCUUUAAGUCCUUUGACAGCUCUGUCACAAUAGAUAUCCAGAAUCCAGACGGUGUGGUGGUUAAACAGAUCUCCAGGACCAGUGCUCUUGAUGGCAUCUAUGGGGACACUUUAGCUCUCUCCGAAUUUGUCAAUGAAGGAACAUGGACGGUGACUGCAAAGUUUGACCACUGGGAGCAGAACACAUUCACCUCCAAGUUCGAGGUGAAGAAAUAUGUGCUUCCUGCAUUCAAUGUUACCUUGACGCCCAGGAAGUCCUUUCUCAACCUUGAUGACAGCGAACUGGUUUUAGAGAUCUCGGCCAGUUACCUGUAUGGGGAGCCAGUCCAGGGGACGGCCUAUGUGGUGUUUGGAGUGAAAAUCAAUCAAGAGAGGAUAAGGUUGCCUUCAGUGAAGCAGGUGUCACAUCUGGAUGGAGGAGUCGUUAGACUGAGCAUGGAGGAGCUCAAGAGAGCUUACCCAGACAUCAGAUCUUUGGUGGGCCACUCUGUGUAUGUCAAGGCCUCCGUGCUCACCAAAUCAGGUAGUGAUUUGGUUGAAGCAGAGAAGACUGGAAUUCAAAUUGUGGAGUCUCCCUAUGUUGUAUCCUUCAAAGACAUACCAAAGUACUUCAAACCAGGCCUGCCCCUCGACUUUACAAUCCAGGUGAGUCACCAUGAUGGUUCCCCGGCCCAUAAUGUACUGGUGAAGGUGAAUCUGCUGGACAGUCCAACGGUCGUCUCCUCCGGCACCGCCAGAGUUACCAUCAACAUGCCCAGAGAUCAACUCUCUCUACAAACUAUCACUGCUGAGACCACACAGGCUAACCUGAGACCGGAGCAGCAGGCCAAACAACAGAUCACUGUUCAGCCAUACGUCACCUUUAACCAGCGCCAGCGGAACUACCUCUACAUAUCUACAGGAACCAACAGGGUGUCUGUAGGAGACGGACUGUCCCUGAAGCUGACCACCGCUGCUGCAGACCAGACACACAGAGACCUAAUUAAACAGAUCACCUACCUGGUUGUAAAUAAAGGAAAAAUUGUUGUUGCUAAGUGUGAGAAUGUGAACAGUCAGCUGGUCACCCACAUUGGACUGACGGUCACCCCGGAGAUGAUGCCGUCGUUCCGCUUUGUGGCCUUCUACACUAUUCCCUGGGAGGGGCGCGAGGAGGUGGUGCCAGAUUCCAUAUGGGUGGAUGUGGAAGAUUCCUGUGUUGGAGGGCUGACAGUCGGCCCGGUGGACAGCAUACAUCGUGACUACACCCCUGGGAGGAGCUUUCAUUUUAAGGUCAGAGGUGAUCCUGGGGCAAAGGUCAGCCUGGUGGCUGUGGACAACGCUGUGUAUCUGCUCAACAGGGACAGACUUACACAGAGGAAGAUCUGGGACGUUGUGGAGCAUGGAGACAUUGGCUGCACUCGAGGGGGUGGCAGAGAUGCCACAGCAGUGUUCUCAGAUGCAGGAUUGCUCUACGCCUCCAGUGCUGGGUUUAGAACCCAAACCAGACAAGCCCUGCAGUGUCCAGGCAGUGCCAGAAGGAGGCGCUCUGCUGAACUGUUGAAGCGUAGAGCCCAACUGGAGAGUCAUUACAAGGAGAAGCUCCAGCAUCGCUGCUGUAAGGACGGCCUCAGGGAGAUCCCCAUGCCGUACUCCUGUACUAGACGCUCCUUCUACAUCACAGAGGGCUGGGAGUGUAUGCGCGCCUUCCGCUAUUGCUGCUCCACUUACAGGGAUCAAGUGUUUGACACAGAGAUUCCCACCACCCCACCACCCAUGACCACACCGCCCCCAACCACCACACCUCACCCAAUCACCGUCUUCCGUUUUGCGAUAGAAGAGAAAGCACAUGGGCGACACAUUCCACUCUCCCCGCAUACAUUUGAUUGGACUAGUAGAAGUGUGAACCACGAGCAUGGACAACCUGUACUAUAUGGACUACCUGGACGGGUUGAACAACGACCUCAGAUGACCUAUACAGAUGCAAACAGGGCAAGAGAAGAAGAAGGAGAUCUGCUGUUUCAAAGGGCAGUGGAGGAGGAAGAAGAGGGGGAAGAGUGGGAAGAGUACCUGGAUGAGACUCAAGUGUAUCUGCGAUCCAAGUUCUAUGAGUCUUGGCUGUGGAUGGAUGUUAACCUGCCCAGCCAGGCAGACAGAGAUGGGUUGGCGUCUAAGAACCUUGACAAACCCCUACCUGACAGUAUCACAGAGUGGGGAGUUCUGGCCAUCAGCGCAUCACCUCAUACAGGUUUCUGUGUUGCCGAGCCUUACAACAUCAGAGCUCGGAAGGAUUUCUUUGUGGACCUCAAGCUGCCGUACUCAGUGGCGAGGAACGAACAGGUCGAGAUUAAAGCUGUGGUCCAUAACUAUGGCGACGAAGACCUGCAUGUGAGGGUGGUGCUGAUGAAGACAGAAAACAUGUGCAGCAUUGCCUUCAAGGACAGACACACGCAAGAAGUGUCGUUGCCGGCCGGCUCUUCGGUUGUGGUGCCUUACACCAUCGUACCCCUGGUGGUGGGGAAACUUCCUCUGGAAGUGAUGGUGGUCAGCAGAGACACGAGAGGAGACCGCAUCCAAAAACUUCUACGGGUGGUGAUGGAUGGAGUGCAGAAGACUGAAGUUUGGAGUGCGGUGUUGAACCCGUCUGCUGAGGGAGGCACGCAGACGGUUCGUGUGGGCAGGAUCGAACUGGAGUCAGUUGUUCCAAACUCUCAGCCAGAGACGUUCAUCAAUGUCAGAGGUAAUGUGUUGGCAGACAGCAUUGAUAACUCCAUCAGUGAGGACUCACUGGCCUCUCUGAUCCACAUGCCCGGUGGCUGUGUGGAGCAAAACUUGGCCAGCAUGACUCUGCCACUCAUCGCUACCCUCUACCUGGAGCGAACCAACAGCUGGGAGACUGUGGGGGUGGAGCGCAAGGCUGAGGCUCUCCGAUACAUCAGGAGAGGCUAUGAGAACCAGUUGGCAUACAGAAAAAGUGAUGGAUCUUACCCCCCCUACAGGAGGGAAGGUGCAAGUACAUGGAUCACGGCGUACGUGGUGAAAGUUUUCUCCAUGGCUCACUCCAUCGUCGGCAUCAGUGAGCAGCAAGUGUGCGACCCCCUGCUCUACCUAGUGAAGAACAAACAACAACAUGGGGGGAACUUCGUAGAAAGCAACCCAGUUUACAGCACUACCAUGACUGGCGGUCUCCGUGGCGAUGACCCUGGGGUGACCCUAACAGCCUUCGUCCUCAUAGCGCUCGCUGAGGCCAGGCAGGCCGGGAUCUCCUGCAGUGAUCCAAACGUGGACACAGACGGAGUUAUCCAUAAGACAGCUGAAUACCUGAAGAGAUCACUGGUGAUGAGCGGGAGGAGACCGUACACCGUGGCCAUUGCCUCGUAUGCGCUGGCUCUGGCGGGGAAGGCACCGCGCUAUGACCCGACACAAGCUUUACUCAGAGCUGCAGCUCGAGGUGGCAGCCACUGGCCCGACAGUAAGAACACCUUGUUCACGCUGGAGGGGACCGGGUACGCCCUGCUGGCUCUGAUCAAGUUGCGACACAUGAGGGAAGCUGCAGCUCCGUUUAAAUGGCUGAACAGCCAGCGGAGGAGAGGAGGAGGCUUUGGCUCCACUCAGUCCACCAUGGUGGUGCUCCAGGCGCUGUCAGAGUACCUGAUUAACAGACCUCCUCCUGGUGACCUCAGUCUGGAUGUGGACGUCAGGAUGACAGGACGCAAGGAAAUCCGCUACCAUUUCAACCCGGAGACCGCCUAUGCUGCUCGCUCUUCCAGGCUGCCUGCUAAUGUUGAUCUGGAAGUGGAGGCUCAAGGGAAUGGACAGGGUAUACUGGAGGUUGUGACUUAUUACAACCAGCUGCAUGAGGUGGAUGAGAAAAUGCCCUGCAAAGACUUUGAGCUCAGUGUCAAUAUUGAAGAAUCCAGCGAAAAGCCUCCAGCAGAUGUAGAAAAAUCCUACCAGAUCACCAUCAAAGUGAGGGCUUUAGGGCCCAGAGAUGUCAGGAUGGUGGUUCUGGAUAUAAGUCUGCCCACUGGCUUCACCCCAGAAAACUCAGACCUGGAGAUGUUGUCUAACUCAGUGGACCGAUACAUCAAUAACUUCCAGAUUGUUGAUAACCUGAGUGACAGAGGCUCUCUGAUCAUCCACCUGUUCAAGGUGUCUCACAGAGAGCCAGAGAUCCUGAUCUUCAGGCUUCAGCAGAGCUUCAAAGUUGGCCUCCUCCAGCCAUCCUCGGUUACUGUCUAUGAGUAUUACAACCCAGAUCACCGCUGCAGUCGUACCUACUCUCCCAGGGAGGACAAAGAGGGGCUCACUCAGAUCUGCAGGGACAAUGUCUGCCGCUGCACACAGGGUGACUGCUGUGUCGCCAAAACCGAUGAUGAAAACUUCUCCAACAAAGAACGGGAGACAUUUGCCUGCAAGAGUUUACACCACGUUUUCCAGGUGAAGGUGCUGAAUGUCAGUCAGAGUUAUUACGACAAAUACGAGAUGGAGAUCACACAAGUUAUCAAACUGGGUGUGGAGUCUGGAGUUGAAGUGGGCCAGAAAAGGUUGUUCAUGUCUCAUGGAGGCUGCAGAGAUGGACUCAGCCUGAAGCAGGGCUCCCAGUACCUCAUCAUCGGCCCCAAAGAGGACCAGUGGAACAUUGAUACUGACAGCAACAGACUCAUCUACAUGUUAGGAAAGGACACCUGGGUGGAACGCUGGCCUUCAUCUGCAGAGUGCUCCAGCAAUCCCAGCCUGCAGGCAAAAUGCAAGGGCCUCAGUGAUAAUGCACAUGAACUGUCUGUCAACGCCUGCAGCCUGUAGAGGGUUUUAAGCAGCAACUGCAUACCA